AUGGUAGCCUUAACAAAGUGUAGUAGUGAUGCUCUAGGGAAUCCAUUGCCUGUUAAAUGUAAGGACCCAGGUAGUUUAACUAUCCCUUGCUCAAUAGGUGGUAAGAACCUAGGAAGAGCAUUGUGUGACUUAGAAGCAAGCAUUAAUCUUAUGCCUGUUCCUGUCUUUAAAAAGUUAAAUAUAGGAGAAAUUCGUCCCACUAGCGUUACUUCGCAACUAGCCGAUAGGUCUAUUAAGAAACCGGAACGGAAAAUAGAAUACGUGCUUGUUAAAGUAGAUAAAUUUAUUUUUCCCGCCGAUUUCAUAAUUUUGGAUUAUGAAGCAGAUCUUGAAGUGUCGAUCAUUCUUGAGAGGCCAUGUUUUGCAAUUAGACAUACGAUAUUAAAUGUUAGGAAGGGAAACAUCACUAUGAAGGUUAAUGAUGAGCAAAUCACCUUCAACGUCCUUGAUGUAAGGAGGCUCCCGGAUGAAGUCGAAGACUGCUCUGCAAUAGGGGCAAUAAUGGAGGAACUACAGGAAAUGAUUGUGGAAGACUUAGAAGCAGAUUUGGAGGCUGCAGAAAAAGAAGCUGGCGUAAUUUUGCCAUCAUUUGAGCAUUUUGAGCAUUUUCAACCGACAAUAGCUGAUUUGAAGUAUAAGAGGGCUAUUGGAUGGACCAUAACAGACAUAAGAGGAAUUAGCCCUACAUUUUGCAUGCACAAAAUCAUCUUGGAGGAAGAAGCCACCAAUUCUAUCGAGUGCCAAAUGAGGCUGAACCCCAAAAUGAAAGAGGUGGUCAAGAAGGAGAUCAUAAAAUUGUUAAAYGCCGGGGUGAUCUACCUCAUCUCAGAUAGCAGCUGGGUUAGCCCGGUUCAAUGCGUUCCCAAGAAGGACUGGGCUAUUAAACUUGAUGAUGCUUUGUGGGCUUAUAGAACUGCUUAUAAAACUCUGUUAAGCAUGUCCCCAUAUCACAUUGUUUUUGGUAAGCUUAAGUCUAGAUGGUCGGGCUCAUUUGUUGUUGAACAUGUUUAUCCACAUGGAACGGUGGAUUUAAGGGGUUCCAAAGGUAAUAUCUUUAAGGAUCAAGAUCCGACCCUCGUCAAAUUUGCGUCGGGCGCAAUUUAA